CUCGCGCAGUGAGCUUGAGUCUGUCGAGUCGGGCGUCAUUAAGGGUGCGCGCGCUCUCAUAGUGGUUUAGGGACAGCAACAUCCACAGAUGCUCAAUGAAGCAGUCACUGGGAUUUUAUUAGGUUAACUCUGUAGUGCAAAACUAAUAUGGACAAAGGGUUGCGAUUGUACAGGUAGUGCGCAUAGAAGGAACUUCAUCGCGGAUGCGCCAGGAGCGCGCAGACUGUCCAAACCUAUCCAAACCUUUAAUCGCCUCGCGUCCUUUCUUCCGGAGUUUAACAGACUUAAACACACGGAAAUAAGUUUAAUCUUAACAAAAAUGACCACAGAUAUAACCUUGGUGCCUCCACCGAUACGCGCAUCAUUUAGUGGUUUGUAAGUAAGCGCUGAUGUUUGGAGUAGGCUAAACGUGCGCAAUUCCGGAGCUGAUUCGAAGUGAGUCGUUUGGAUUUUGGCUGUGUUGGAAAUGCGCAUCAUGGUGUUUUUAAACCCCUUAAAGAAGGUGUGUGUCGACUGUGCGGUUGUUUUAUUCUGCCUGGCCGUAAUGUGUGAACUCGUUUGGGCUCAGAAUGACACGGAACCCAUCGUCCUGGAGGGAAAAUGUCUGGUGGUGUGUGACUCGAACCCCGCCGACUCGAAGAGCUCGUCCUCACCGCUUGGCAUCUCCCUGCGCGCUGCCAACUCCAAAGUGGCUUUCUCUGCUGUCCGCAGCAACAACCACGAGCCGUCAGAGAUGAGCAACAAAACACGAAUUAUAUAUUUCGACCAGGUCCUUGUCAACGUAGGAGACUAUUUCACCUUGCAAUCGGUGUUUCUGUGUCCACGGAAAGGAAUCUACAGCUUUAACUUCCACGUUAUUAAAGUUUACCAGAGCCAGACAAUCCAAGUGAAUUUAAUGUUAAAUGGAAAACCAGUCAUCUCUGCUUUCGCCGGGGAUAAAGACGUCACGCGUGAAGCAGCCACCAAUGGGGUUCUCCUGCAUCUCAAUAAAGAAGACAAGGUUUACCUGAAGCUAGAGAAAGGGAAUCUGGUAGGUGGAUGGCAAUACUCCACCUUCUCUGGUUUUUUGGUUUUUCCACUGUAAAGCACAUUAAAAACUGCCGCCGUUAUUGUCCGACAAACCUACUACGUCAUCGCGUAAGCAGUCCUUCAGUGUUAUCUGGAGGCGGCCGAAUGGAUUCAUAACUCCAGCUCAUUCAACUGUCGUCUAAAGACUACUGGAAAAAGCUUUUGUGACAAUGAAUCUGAAGACUGCUGUGCAAUAUCUCCCAUCAUCUUCAUAGACCAGCAGGUCCAUCGUAACUCUGUUGGUUUAGUAAGUGAUGUCAACGUUUUUGUGUCAGAUGUCUGGGAGCAUCCGUUACGUUUUCGUGAUUAAAAAUGACAGCGCCAAACCCCAUUGAAAAAAGGUGAUUAUUGAUCUUAACGCAGACACGAGAGAAAACAUUGACUCAUUUUUGUAGCUGAGAGGUGUUAGCGGGAAUUUUUGUGUGAUCACUCAUUGACUUCACGCAGUGUUUGUUUUAACAGAUUCUUUGACGGCAUAUGACACAUCAUAAUGGGUGUAAAGGUGCCAAUUAGUUCAGACAAGCUGCUGAAACACCAGCAGAGUAACUCAUUAACAUGAAGACGUUAUGCAUAUCAACGCAGUCAUAAUGAAUUUGUGUUUUCUGUAAUGAUCAUAACUUGACCUAUAGGGUUUUGAUCUUAGGGGGGCGGGGUGAACUGUUCCUUUAAAGUCUUUGGUUUGGAUCUGAGCAUUCAGUUUAUAACCUUAACAGCAGGUUGUGACCCUGGACAACAAAACCAGUCAAAAGUUGCACGGGUAUAUUUAAAGAGUUUGGUUCAAAAACGCGAUAAAAGCCAUACACUCUAAAAAUGGCUGGGUUAUUUUGGAUCCAUAAUGGGUAAAUAUUGGACAGA